AUGGAAUUAGGAUCAUUGCCAACCCUCUCCCAUGUCUCUCUGUCUGUUGUGCUGCUCUUCUUCUUCUCACUUUCUUCCUCCUAUGCAACUUCUCGCUUCACCCAUCACCUUGCUUACCCACCACAUUCACAAGCAGAAAAGUUCAUUAGAAGCCUUAAUCUGUUUCCAAAGGACUCAGCCAAUAACAGUGUAAAAGGUGACAAUGCUGGUUUUGUUCCAGGAAAGAUCGUGGAAAAGAAGUUCUCGUUUUUUGGCGAUUCUGGGCCUUCUGUUCAAGACCUUGGUCACCAUGCAGGCUACUAUUCACUACCUCAUUCCAAAGCUGCUAGGAUGUUCUACUUUUUCUUUGAAUCACGGAACUCUAGAGAUGAUCCUGUUGUGAUAUGGUUGACUGGAGGACCAGGGUGUGGAAGUGAAAUAGCUUUGUUUUUCGAGAAUGGUCCCUUCCAUAUUGCCAAUAACUUGUCUCUUACAUGGAAUCAUUACGGCUGGGACCAGGUAUCAAAUAUUAUAUUUGUUGACCAACCUAUGGGCACAGGUUUUAGUCACUCCUCUGAUGAUAGUGACACUCCUCAUGAUGAAGUGGGUGUUGGCAAUGAUUUAUACGACUUCUUACAAGAGUUUUUCAAGCAUCAUCAAGAUUUUGUUCACAAUGACUUUUAUAUCACUGGAGAAUCAUACGCUGGACACUAUGUUCCGGCACUUGCAUCCCGGAUUAACCAAGGAAAUAAAAGAAAACAAGGAAUCCAUAUAAACCUCAAGGGUUUUGCUAUUGGUAAUGGGAUGACAAAUCCUGCAAUUCAAUUCCAAGCAUAUCCAGAUUUUGCAUUAGAGAAUCGAUUAAUUAAAAGGGCUGAUUACGAUGAAAUUAUCAACUUUGUCCCGGGCUGUGUACAAGACGCUAAACUUUGCCAAACCCAAGGUGGAGAAAGUUGCGUGAAUGCGUUAAAUGUUUGUGAGAAUAUUUUCAAUAGAAUCUUGGUAGAUAUUGGCUUCAAAAUUAAUAUCUAUGACAUAAGAAAGAAAUGUGAGGCAGGAGGUUUGUGCUAUAACUUCAGCAGCUUGGUGACGUUUUUAAACAAGGAGAAAGUGAAAAGUGCUUUAGGUGUGCCUAAGGACUUCAAGUUUAAUACAUGCAGUACAGCAGUGAAAAUAGCUAUGCUGCAAGAUUGGAUGAAAAAUCUGGAAGUGGGAAUUCCUGCUCUUCUUGAGGAUGGAAUCAGGAUGCUUUUGUAUGCAGGGGAAAAAGAUCUCAUAUGCAAUUGGCUUGGGAAUUCAAGGUGGGUUCAUGCUAUGGAGUGGUCAGGCCAAAAGGGCUUUGGAAGAUCUCCUACAGUGAAAUUUGUGGUUGAUGGUGCAGAAGCAGGGUCUCUUACUAGCUAUGGACCUCUCUCUUUCCUCAAGGUACAUGAGGCUGGGCACUUGGUCCCCAUGGAUCAACCAAAAGUUGCACUUCAGAUGUUGAAAACCUGGAUGGGAGGAAAACUGCACUAG